UUGCCAUCUCCAAUCAGGCCUGACCUCCCUGGACCUCAGCGGCUGCUCAGACCUGGCCGAUGGGGCCCUCCUGGCCAUCAGCCAGGGCCUGGGGCACCUGCAGUGCCUCCGCCUGAGGAAGCUGCAGUGGCUGAUGGACGCAGGAUGCACAGCCCUGGGGGGCCUGCUGGAGCUGCACAGCCUGGACCUGGCAGAGUGCUGCCUGGUGAAGGGCGGGGCCUGGUCCAGGCCCUGGGUUCGGGGCACAGAGCUCCAGCCCCACUGGCCUCCCUCAGCCUGGCCUACUGCUCCUCACUCCAGCUACAUCAAGAGCCGGAGCGUCGGGCCUCGGGCCCCAAGGACCCUUCUCCCCAGCCACAGGGCCCUUCCCUGCUCAUGCUGCAGGCCCUGAAGGAGUUGGACCUCACAGCCUGCAGCAAACUAACUGAUGCCAGUUUGACCAAGGUCCUCCAGUUCCCCGAGCUGAGGCAGCUGUCACUGAGCCUGUUGCCAGCACUCACAGACAAGGGCUUGGUGGCCGUUGCCAGCGGCUGCCCCAGCCUGGAGCACUUGGUGCUGAGUCACUGCAGCCUCCUCAGCGACGAGGGCUGGGCCCAGGCAGCCAGCUCCUGGCCCAGGCUGCAGCACCUCAACCUGGCCAGCUGCGGCCAGCUCACAGAGCAAACUCUGGAUACCAUCGGACAGGCGUGCAAGCAGCUCCGGACGUUGGAUGUGGCCAUGUGCCCUCGUAUCAGCAUGGCUGCCGUCAGGCACUUCCAAGCCCAACUGCCCCAGGUGACCUGCGUCCAGUCCUGCUUCGUGGGUGGGGCUGACUUGACCUUAACGCUCUAGGGCCAGGUCAGUAACCAACCCUGUGCCUCAGCCUCCUUUGCCCCCCGAGUCCCCGGCCCUGGCCUCUUGACCUGGUUUGACUCAGUGCCUUCUGCCCGCCUCUGCCACACACCCCAAAGCCCCUUCUCCAGCUAUAGACCCCUUUUUCUAGGACUGGGGGUAGGGCUAAUCCAGGGCAGCCCAGGUGGCUUCCUGCCUCAGUCUGCCCUAGAGCCCAGCAGGAGUCUUUCCCAGCUACAUGUCAUUGCCACAGGCUCUGGAAACACCAGCUCCUGCUGUCCUGGCCAGGCCUGGGUCCCCUGGAGGCCAGGCCCACAGGUGGGAUGCAGCCGGUGCUGCAGAGGAGCGGACUGUGCGCCUCUUGCCCUGCCCACUUCUCACACGUAAGGCCUGUGGCUCACCUUGUCCCCUGUAAGGAGCUCUCCCAGCCCCUACCAGCACUGAGCUUUAGCAGCCAAGCCGCAGACUUUGUUGUAAACCCUAACAAAAUUAAAAAUUCCAGAUCUUACCUCCUUGUCUGAAGUCCUCAGACUAAAGGGCCCCCUCCCCCCCACACCUCAGUUGAAGCAGCCCAGCCUAG